AUGACCACAACAGCACAACCAGAGACGAGUGCAACGGAUACAGACGACCCUAGCGGAUCCACAAAGAUUGUGCCGUCUCCACAAGACCACCCCAAGGAAAACGGCGAGGAUGCAGCUGCUUCACUCAAGUACAGCCUUUUGGGGCCUUCGCUGCUGAAGGCUGGCCAGGAUACCGUGGACCAGCUCAAGGUGUCUGAGAUCAUCUACAAUGCCUCCAGAGGUUCCAAAUACUUCAAUCGCGAGGAGGCCCGGGACAGAAGUCUUACAGCCAAAAUCGACCAGAUUCUUAGCAAGAAACGCGAGCUGGAGAAACUGGACCUUGGUCAUGAGCUUCGAGUCGCCGGUAGCCUUAUUGCACAGCUGGAGCUGUCGCGGGAUCUGUCUCAAUACAUAGUUCAUGUCGACUGUGAUGCUUUUUACGCCGCCGUGGAACAACUGGAUCGCCCUGAACUCAAGGACCUCCCUUUCGCGGUUGGCGGAGGGGUUCUCACCACCUGCAACUACGUCGCCCGCAAGUACGGCUGUCGCAGUGGGAUGGCAGGCUUCGUGGCCAAAAAGCUCUGUCCCGAACUCAUUUUACUCCCGAUUAGUUUUGACAAGUACACAGCAAAGGCCGGGGAGGUGCGCGAGAUCAUAGCCGAGUACGACCCCAAUUUCGAGAGCGCAAGCAUCGACGAGGCAUACCUCAACAUUACCGAUUAUUGUACUCGACAUGCCAUGGCUCCGGCCGACGCCGUGGCCAAAAUGCGGAGCGAUAUCCACGAAAGAACGAGCAUCACUGUUUCUGCGGGCAUCGCUGCAAAUACAAGGCUCGCCAAGAUCUGCUCCAAUAUGAACAAACCUAAUGGGCAAUACGUUUUGCCCAGCGAACGUGGUGCUAUCUUGGAGUUUAUGCGAGACCUUCCUUGUCGCAAGGUGAAUGGUAUAGGUCGCGUAUUUGAGCGCGAGCUUGCGGCAUUAGGGAUUCAUACACUUGGGGACAUUUACUCCAAUAGGCAGUAUCUUCGCAACCUUUUUGGAGAGAAGGCCUCUGAGUUCCUCGUUCACUGUUUUCUAGGCUUAGGUCGCACGUGCGUAAAGCCAGCAGAAACAUAUGAGCGCAAGAGCGUCGGCACAGAGAGUACUUUUCGUGUCAUGAGUGACCCGACAGAGCUCCGAAACAAGCUGCGUCGGACGUCGGAGGAUCUCGAACAAGAUCUCCGCCGGGCCGAAUGCAAGGGCCGAACUUUGUGUCUCAAGGUGAAGCUUCACACGUUCGAAGUCCUCACCCGCCAGACUGUUCUGCCCCGGGCUGUACACCUUGCCACGGAUCUGUACAGCCACGCGCUUCCGAUGCUUACGAAACUAGAGCAGGAAAUCCCAGGCAUGAAGUUACGAUUGAUGGGGCUAAGGUGUACGAAUCUCGCUACUACGAAGAAACCAAACUCAAUGGCCUUUUUUGGUUUGAAGUCGCGGGGUAAUAGAUCGGAAGGUCAUGAGACCACUUCCGCGAAGAAAACGACAAACUUGGAUGGCGGUAAAUGGGAGACACAGCCCGUGGGAAUAUCAGCUGUAUUAUCAGGAGAGCAAAGAGCCCAGGGCACAAGAGAAACAAAACUAACGGGGCGGAACUCACCCAGCCAAUUUGCUUCCCACAGUGAUGGGGAUGAGAUCACGCCUCAUUCGCGACAGUAUGAUGGAGAGCCGCUUUUUGCAGAGCCAGAGUGGUGGAACUGCCCAAUUUGCAACAGGCUGCAGGUGGCGGAAGAAAGGCGUUUCAACGACCACAUUGACCUAUGUCUCUCGCGGCAAGCAAUCCGCGAUACCAUACAGAAGGAAGCUGUCAUGCCGUCUCAAGAGCCCAAAACUUCAAAGAUGGAACACAAGAAGCCAAAAGAGAGAAAGAGAGGACGACAUGCUACUACACUUGACCCGAAGCAGAAAAGGCUCUGUUUUGGAUGAUUACUCUGUCUGAACCGAUUUACCAGAGCAGAGUAGGAUUGGUUGGUAGUGAGAAAAAAAAGAAAAAAACAGAUUCUCGGAA